CCCCCAAAUCCACCAACCCCGCACACCAAUCCUCUUCCAACGCUUCCUCCUCCAAAUUCCAUCUCCUCCGAGCGGUCGCGGCGAGAGAAGCUUCCGGUUCGGCGAUGUCGGGGCGCGGCAAGGGCGGCAAGGGGCUGGGCAAGGGCGGCGCCAAGCGCCACCGCAAGGUGCUCCGCGACAACAUCCAGGGCAUCACCAAGCCGGCCAUCCGGAGGCUGGCCAGGAGGGGCGGCGUCAAGCGCAUCUCCGGGCUCAUCUACGAGGAGACCCGCGGCGUGCUCAAGAUCUUCCUCGAGAACGUCAUCCGCGACGCCGUCACCUACACCGAGCACGCCCGCCGCAAGACCGUCACCGCCAUGGACGUCGUCUACGCGCUCAAGCGCCAGGGCCGCACCCUCUACGGCUUCGGCGGCUAGGUCGGUUCCCCUUCUGGUGGCGAAGGCGAACUACAUGCGGUGGGCUGUGUGUUCUGGUCUAGUGUAGUCAGUGCUCUCUGUAUCGAACUAUCGAUGCUGUGUCGUGGUGGUUGUACUCUGCUCUUCGAGUAGGUGUUCGAAUUUCUACUCCGUCUGCUGUAAUAUCUAGUUGCUGUAAUCAAUGCAAAAUCCUUGGUUCUAGCCUCA